UUAAAACACUUUAUCCAAGGGCUAAAAGGCACCUAACAGAAAGAUUCACUUCCUUCAUUAUAAUUCUAUCUGCGAGUUGAAGAGAAAAUAAGAAUUUGGCCAACGUUGUAUUACACAUUCUCAAAUUAUGUUGCUGCUGUCCUCGCCAGUAUCUACCCCUCUGCCAUCUCUACGACAUGGCUGUUUCAAUGUCACUAAGACGAGAACAAAGUUUCAGCAGCCAGUAAAGGUGGUAGGCAUGGCAAAGGAGAGCAGUGACAGCACAAGCAGCGCAAUUCAGAUAGGGGCAAUAGCCGCUGGAUUAGUGUCAACACCAGUGAUCGGUUGGUCCCUUUACACCCUCAAGACGACAGGGUGCGGCCUGCCACCAGGUCCAGGCGGGUCACUAAGUGCACUAGAAGGGGUGAGUUACUUGGUAGUUGUUGGCAUUAUCGGUUGGUCUUUAUACACAAAGGCUAAAAGUGGCUCUGGUCUGCCCAAUGGUCCUUUUGGCUUGUUGGGUGCUGUUGAAGGACUGUCAUAUUUAUCAUUUCUUGCCAUUUUAGUUGUGUUUGGGUUGCAGUUUCUUGAUAAGGGUUAUAUUCCUGGACCUCUCCCUGCUGAUCAAUGCUUCGGCUGAGGUCUCUCUCUCUCUCUUGAAGAUAAGGUGGCUUAUGUUUCUAUCUAUAAUUUGCGGCCAUGAUUAUUUAGUUUCUUUUGUUGGAUUAUUGCAUUUCUAUAUUUUGAUACUUCUUAGUGGUGGGUCUGUAAUUAGCAUCAGUAGUUAUAACAAAGUCCACACAAUCAUCUACUCAAAGCUCAAAA